UCCGCUCUUGUUGCUUUGCAAAAUCAAACCAAAUCACAGAAAAAAUGAAAAGAACUCUAACCUAACCCAAGCACCACAAAGCGUGGCACUCGUUAUAGGCGUGACGGGCAUAGUAGGCAAUAGCCUUGCGGAGAUUCUACCUCUCACCGACACACCCGGUGGUCCAUGGAAGGUUUACGGAGUCGCUCGCCGUCCCCGACCAACCUGGAACGCCGGUCAUUCCGUUCACUACAUCCAGUGCGAUAUCUCCGCUCAAAACGACGCCGAAUCGAAGCUCUCAUGUUUAACCGACGUCACUCACAUCUUCUACGUUUCGUGGACAAGCAGACCCACGGAGGCCCAAAACUGCGAGGUCAACGGUGCCAUGUUCAGAAAUGUCCUACGCGCGGUCAUCCCAAACGCUCCCAAUCUCCGCCACGUGUCACUCCAGACAGGUACCAAGCACUACGUAGGACCAUUCGAACUGUUCGGGAAGAUCGAUUUCCAUGACCCACCGUUCACAGAGGACUUACCACGUUUGGAGGCACCGAAUUUCUAUUAUACCCAGGAAGAUAUAUUGUUCGAAGAGGUUCAAAAGAAGGAGGGGUUGACGUGGUUCAUUAACCGACCACAUGUUAUCUUUGGUUUUUCUCCUUACAGUUUGAUGAACCUUGUUGGGACUCUCUGUGUUUAUGCUGCUAUUUGCAAGCAUGAGGGUGUUCCCUUGUGGUUUCCAGGUAUCAAAGAAGCGUGGGAGUGCUAUUCCGCUGCUUCCGAUGCUGAUUUGAUUGCGGAGCAGCACAUUUGGGGUACGGUGGAGCCUCAUGCCAAGAACAAUGUCUUUAACUGCAGCAAUGGGGAUGUUUACAAGUGGAAGCAUUUGUGGAAGGUGUUGGCUGAACGGUUCGGGAUUGAGGAAUAUGGGUUUCUAGAAGGUUCUAAGUUGAGGUUGUCGGAGAUGAUGAAGGAUAAGGGUCCCGUGUGGGAAGAGAUAGUGAGGGAGAAUGGGUUGCAGCAAACUAAGCUUGAAGAGGUUGGGGAUUGGUGGUUUGCGGAUGUUAUGUUGGGAAUGGAGGCCGUGUUAGAUAGCAUGAACAAGGCCAAAGAGCAUAGCUUUUUCGGAUUUAGAAACUCCAAGGAUUCGUUUGUGAAUUGGAUAGAUAAGGCCAAAGAAUACAAGAUUGUGCCUUAAGGGGUUUGAUUGAGAGGUGGGGUUUUCUAUUAAUGAAUAAAACAUGAGGGGAGAAGUUAUUUUCCUUGUUUAUGUUGCGUGUUUUGUUUGUAACAACGCUGCUGUUCCAAUGUCUGAUACAGUGAGUUGUAUGGUUUAAAGUUAAUUUUAAAUUAUUUAAUAUUACUAAAACAAGUG